AUGGAUUUUUUCGCUCUCAGAGUCCCCGAGAUCGCUGCCGCCGCCUCGGAGGCGGCGCCCACCUCCCUGGCCAUACCGCCGCGGACACCUAACCUCCGCCUUCCGCCUUCCCCCGCCUCCUCCCGCCGCACCCCCCCUUCGCCAUCUCACGCAUCCGCCUGCCCGCUUCCCCCGCCUUCCCCUUCCGCCUCCCCCGUUUCCUCCCCCCAUGCUGCGAUGGCUGGCAGCUUCGCUCGCGGUGGCGGCAGUGGAACCGGGCAACAAGAAAAGCUUCUGCGCAGCAUGAGCAGCCAGUGGUACAGCUCGCGCAGCCUGCGGGAUGGGCGAAAUAUUUCAGUAAGCAGCCCGAGCCGGAUGCUGUCAACGAAUCUGAAUCUGAAAGCAGCAGCAGUAACAUGUUUUGCGGAUGACUCACCUUGCAUUGGUGCUGACUCAGCAGGCGAUGCUCCUUCCAACGAGGCGAUUGGCUUGAAAUCCCCAGGUAAUGGGACUCCAGCAGCCGCUGCCUCUUCAGCUCCUUCUGCCACCCGGAGUGCGACAGCUGCUGGCAUUCCCCGGCGAGGCGUGCUGAAACGAAUGACAUCACUCCCCAGCAUGUCAGCCGCAUAUCAUGCCAAGUCAUCACUCCCUGCCACCUCACCACUCUUCAUCCCCACCUCUGCUAUCCCACCUGCCACAGUCACCACUGCCGAGGCUAUAGCAGACGCCACUGCUGCUGCUCCAUCUACCACCGGACCUCCCUCCCCAGCUUUCUCCCCCAAUGGAUCCCCCAAAGGCACCUCACAGCUGUCCCCAGGCCUUUCUCCCAAGGCGCAGCACGUGAGACGCGUGUCGUUCUGCAGCAUGGUUCGCGUGCGACGUUUUUCCGCCUGUGAUGCUGACCUCGGCUCUGCUGCUGACGAUGCACUCACGGCAGUAGCUAAGGCAGAAGCUGCUGCUGCAGGUGAAAGAGAAACAGCAGCGGCAGCAGCAGCAGCCACUCAAGUCGCUGCCGUAAAUGCAGCGAAAGCAUCCCAGGAAGCAAGAGAAGGGAAAGAAGCAGAAGAGAAAGCACGGGCUGCUUCCGAUUCAUCUGCUGCUCGGCAUCCCAUCCAGCGGGGCAUCAGGAGUUUUAUCGAGAGACCUCACCGCCGCCACUCCCACUCCCCUUCCUACUUCGGACCUCUUCACCUGAUUCCCGAGCUUGCCGCCCCAUCCCGAGCCAUUCGCCGAAGCUCAUCGUUUCAGCAUUUGGAGGCUGCUGCAGCACAUGUGGGGUGA